AUGAUGCGUAAGAAUCCGUUUUCUGUUUUCCUUUUGUUGUCGUUGUUAUUGUUUUGUUUUGGUGGUAGUAGUAAUGUCCGCUGGAGAGAUGACCGACCGGAAAAGGCAUUCCCAGAAAUGGUGUUGACGUGUGUUGGCGUUAGUGAUUGUGUCCGAGAUGACUGUGAUGUUGAUGCUGAUGAUGAUUUAGAUGACAGUGAAGAUGAUGUAUUUGUUAUGCAGUUGAUAUUAAGUAAACUGAUUGAAUUGCCUACGGCUACAUCUAAAAUCAACAAUGAAAUGAAAGGUGUUAACAAACGGUUCUCUCAAUUGGAAAAGAACUUCGAUGAUGUGAACAAAAAAUUCGAUGGUAUUUCCAAGACAUUUGAAGAAUUUAAAGUGGACGUUUUUGAAAAAUUCCAGGAUCAGGAACAACGUUUUAAUGAGUCGAUGAAAUCAUUCGGAGCGUUUAAUGAAAGUAUCAAAGAUCUCAGCUCUCGCGUGGAGAAUUCAAUCAAGGGUCAAUCAACCAUAAAAACCGAUAUUUUACAAAUUGUAAAAGAGAAUAACGACGUUUUUCAUAAGGAUGUGAACAAUAGAAUCAGUGACAUAAGUGGAUUGCACGGCAAAUUGGCGGCAGAAGUUUCAACGUUUAAAAAUGAUAUAUUAACAAAAUUAAACCAACACAGUGGGUCACUAAAUAAAUUGGAAAAGGGAAUUGAGGAUUUUCAAAAAAGGCAAGAAAAUCAAAUUAAAACUCUAUGGGAGAAUGGUUCACUAGAAAAGAAAUCCAGUUGGACCACUGUUCUACGCCGUCAAGAUGGUUCGGUCAAUUUCAACCGCAAAUGGUUGGACUAUAAGAAUGGUUUUGGAAAUCGUAAUUCAGAGUUCUUUAUUGGAAUGGAAACACUACACAACUUAACGUCAAAUGGUUUCCCACAUGAAAUACUGAUCACAUUAACGGAUAUCAAUGACGUUCAGACCUUUGCCAGAUAUGAUAACAUUGUCAUCGGCAGUGAGGCUGAGAAAUACGAAUUGAAGGAGUUGGGUGUGCACAGCGGCUCUGCUGACGAUGCAUUGCGGCAUCACGAGGGCGAACAGUUUACAACAAUUGAUAGGGAUAAUGAUCACGACAACAGAAGGAAUUGCGCGGAGGUCUUUAUGGGCCCAUGGUGGUAUUAUCAGUGUAAUCCUAGCAGUCAACUAUUUGGUCCAUAUGAAAGUCACAAAUAUGGUCAAGGACUUCG